UAAAUAUAAUAUUCGUUAAUUAAUAACAAGAAAAAAAUGAAUUAAAUGAAAAAUAAAAUAUAAAUUGCGUUUUUGUUUUUCAGUUAUGGAUGACUAGCUCAGUCGUCACACUCGUAACCCACCAAAUUGAAGUGUACACAACGCAACAACCUCCACCGAGUCAUAACUGAACAACGCUUUGUUUUUUUCUCUUCUUCUUCUUCUUCUUUAGAAGCAGGGAACGACACCGUUUCAUCGCGUCUGGUUCUAGGGUUUCACGCUCUUGCGUUGCAGCAGCCAUGGGAACUGCCUCCAGGCAGUUGAAGGUUAUGCUCCGCAAGAACUGGCUCCUCAAAAUUCGUCACCCUUUCGUUACUGCAGCUGAGAUAUUGCUCCCUACGGUUGUGUUGUUGCUGUUAGUGGCUGUGAGGACUCAAGUUGACACACAAAUUCAUCCAGCUGAACCGCACAUUCAGAAAGAGAUGUUUGUGGAGGUGGGUAAAGGUAUAUCCCCUAACUUCCAACAAGUUUUGGCAUCCUUGUUGGAGGAAGGGGAGUAUUUAGCUUUUGCACCAGAUACCGAUGAGACGAAGCUGAUGAUAGAUGUAGUGUCCAUAAAAUUCCCACUCCUGAAGCUUGUUAGUCAAGUGUACAAAGAUGAGGUAGAGUUGGAAAGCUACAUUCGCUCAGAUGCUUAUGGUACCUGCAGUCAAGCAAGGAAUUGUUCAAAUCCGAAAAUUAAAGGAGCUGUUGUAUUUUAUGAACAAGGUCCUCAGUCGUUUGAUUAUAGCAUACGCCUCAAUCAUACAUGGGCAUUCUCCGGUUUCCCAGAUGUAAAAACAAUAAUGGACACAAAUGGCCCAUUUCUUAACGACUUGGAACUGGGUGUUAGUGCUGUACCAACAAUGCAGUACAGCUUCAGUGGGUUUUUUACUCUCCAGCAAAUGGUCGAUUCAUUUAUAAUAUUCAUUGCUCAACAGUCUGGCAUAAAUUCCAGCACUGAACGCAUAACCCUUCCUCUAUCAGGCUUCUAUGACACUGAUUUCUCUCUGAAUGCUACAUGGAAUCAGUUUAACCCCAGUCAUAUACGAGUAUCUCCAUUUCCCACUCGAGAGUACACUGAUGAUCAGUUCCAGUCAAUCAUAAAGAAAGUCAUGGGAAUAUUAUACCUAUUGGGUUUUCUCUAUCCAGUUUCGCGCCUCAUCAGUUAUUCUGUUUUUGAGAAGGAACAGAAGAUUAAAGAAGGACUCUAUAUGAUGGGCCUGAAAGAUGGGAUAUUUCAUCUCUCUUGGUUUAUCACAUAUGCUUUGCAGUUUGCAGUGUCUUCCGGGAUCAUUACUGCUUGCACCAUGGAUAAUUUAUUCAAGUAUAGUGAUAAGACAUUGGUGUUUGCCUACUUUUUCAUUUUUGGGCUUAGUGCAAUCAUGCUGUCAUUUUUUAUAUCAACAUUUUUCAAACGGGCCAAAACAGCUGUUGCAGUUGGAACGCUGUCUUUUCUUGGUACUUUUUUCCCUUAUUACACUGUCAAUGAUGAGGGUGUUUCAAUGGUAUUGAAGGUUCUUGCUUCUAUACUUUCACCUACAGCCUUUGCUCUGGGGUCAGUUAACUUUGCUGAUUAUGAGCGUGCUCAUGUGGGACUGCGUUGGACCAACAUAUGGCGGGAAUCAUCUGGAGUGAAUUUUUCUCUAUGUCUUUUGAUGAUGAUACUUGAUACACUGCUAUAUUGUGCAAUGGGUCUAUAUUUUGACAAGGUUCUUCCACGGGAGUAUGGACGGCGAUAUCCGUGGUCUUUUGUUUUCCGAAGAGACUUCUGGAGAAAGAAUAAAACUGGAAAACACCGCCCCUCCAAUUUUGAAGUUAAAAUUGAUGGUAGGAAUUCCGAGUCGAGACCUUCUAUGGAAGCAAUAAGCCUAGAUAUGAAACAACAGGAGCUUGAUGGCAGAUGCAUUCAGAUAAGGAAUUUGCAUAAAGUGUAUGCUACUAGAAAAGGAGAUUGCUGUGCUGUUAACUCCUUACAACUUACAUUGUAUGAACAUCAGAUUCUUGCUCUUCUAGGACAUAAUGGAGCUGGUAAAAGUACAACAAUCUCGAUGCUUGUUGGUCUUCUUCCUCCUACAUCAGGGGAUGCUUUGGUGUUUGGAAAGAACAUUGUAUCAGAUAUUGAUGAGAUACGGAAGGUUUUGGGUGUGUGCCCACAACAUGGAUAUUACACUUCAUCGCAGCUUGUAAGGGAGCAUUUAGAAAUAUUCGCCAUAUUAAAGGGUGUUGAUGAAGACUCACUGGAGGCUGUUGUUACCAAUAUGGCUGACGAGGUGGGCCUGGCUGAUAAAAUUAACAGUGUUGUGAGAGCUCUUUCUGGUGGCAUGAAGAGAAAAUUGUCUCUUGGAAUUGCAUUGAUAGGGAACAGUAAGGUUAUAAUUCUUGAUGAACCUACCAGCGGAAUGGAUCCAUACUCAAUGCGUUUGACUUGGCAGUUAAUAAAAAAAUUUAAGAAGGGCAGGAUAAUCUUACUAACAACUCAUUCAAUGGAUGAAGCAGAUGAACUAGGUGAUCGGAUAGCUAUCAUGGCCAAUGGUUCUCUGAAAUGCUGUGGAAGCUCACUUUUCUUGAAGCAUCAUUAUGGAGUUGGUUAUACUCUAACACUUGUAAAGUCAGCUCCUACUGCUUCUAUAGCUAGUGAUAUAGUAUAUCGUCAUGUUCCCUCAGCAACCUGUGUAAGCGAGGUGGGAACUGAGAUUUCCUUUAGGCUUCCGCUGGCAUCUUCAUCAGCUUUUGAGGGGAUGUUUAGGGAAAUUGAAGGUUGCAUGAAAAAACCACUUUUGAACAUGGAAAUAAGUGGUAGUGGUAAUGAAGACAGUCUUGGUAUUGAAAGCUAUGGUAUAUCAGUCACAACCCUAGAGGAGGUAUUUUUGAGAGUUGCAGGAUGUGACUAUGAUGGAGUCGAAUGCUUCGAGGGAAAUGAUCGUUCCCUUGUGUCUGACUCUGUGGCUUUGCUUGGUUCUUAUGACCAUCCCUCCACCAAAAAAUGUUUUUUAGGAAAUUAUAAGAAGUUCCUUGGUUUGAUAUCUAGCAUAGUGGCAGGAGCUUGUGGUUUGAUUUUUGCUAUGGUUAUAAGUUUCAUAAACUUCGUGGGUAUGCUGUGUUGUAGCUGUUGUCUCAUUUCUAGGUCAACAUUCUGGCAACACUCGAGAGCUUUAUUCAUUAAAAGGGCAAUAUCUGCUCGGAGAGAUCACAAAACAAUUAUAUUCCCUAACCUGAUCCUUUCAACUUCUUAUUUUAAUCCUCUGUUGACUGGUGGGGGUGGGGGAGGUCCAAUCCCUUUUAAUCUAUCUUUGCCUAUUGCUGAAAAGGUAGCACAAAAUGUCAAAGGAGGGUGGAUUCAAAGAUACAAGCCAAGCUCAUACAAGUUCCCUAAUUCAGGGAAGGCAUUAGCUGAUGCAGUGGAAGCAGCAGGGCCAACUCUAGGACCUGCUCUACUUUCAAUGAGUGAAUAUUUGAUGUCUAGCUUCAAUGAAUCCUACCAAUCUAGGUAUGGGGCAAUUGUGAUGGAUGAUCAAAAUAGUGAUGGGAGCUUAGGCUACACUGUAUUGCACAAUUGUUCUUGCCAGCACGCUGCUCCCACCUUUAUCAAUGUUAUGAACAGUGCCAUUCUUAGACUUGCUACUGGUGACACAAAUAUGACAAUUCAGACACGCAACCACCCACUACCAAUGACACAAAGCCAGCUCGUACAACGUCAUGACCUGGAUGCCUUCUCUGCUGCAAUUAUUGUCAAUAUUGCGUUCUCUUUCAUACCCGCCUCAUUUGCUGUUCCCAUUGUUAAGGAACGUGAAGUGAAAGCUAAGCACCAGCAGCUAAUUAGUGGGGUUUCUGUCCUUUCAUAUUGGGCUUCUACAUAUAUUUGGGACUUCGUGAGCUUCUUGUUUCCGGCCUCAUUUGCCAUAAUUCUCUUUUACAUUUUUGGUUUGGAUCAAUUUGUUGGAGGGGUAUCUUUGUUACCGACUACACUGAUGCUUUUGGAAUAUGGACUUGCAGUUGCAUCAUCAACUUACUGCCUUACAUUUUUCUUUUUUGACCAUACCAUGGCUCAGAAUGUGGUUCUUUUAAUUCACUUUUUCACUGGAUUGAUUCUAAUGGUUAUCUCAUUCAUUAUGGGACUUAUACCAAACACAACAACUGCCAAUACUUUUCUUAAGAAUUUUUUCAGAAUUUCUCCUGGAUUUUGUUUUGCUGAUGGUCUUGCUUCAUUGGCACUUCUACGGCAAGGAAUGAAAGAUAAAACAAGUGAUGGGAUAUUUGACUGGAAUGUUUCAGGUGCCUCUAUUUGUUAUCUUGCUAUUGAGAGCAUUGGUUACUUUUGUUUGACACUUGCACUUGAAGUUUGUCCCUCCCUCAAAUUAACUCCGUUUAUGAUCAAGAAGUGGUGGCAGAGUUUAAACAUCUUCCAGCGUAAUACCACUUAUCUGGAACCUCUCUUAGAACCUUCUAUGGAAUCUGUUUCAAUGGACUUUGAUGAAGAUGUGGAUGUGAAAACCGAAAGAAAUAGAGUACUUUCUGGUUCCCUCGAUAAUUCUAUUAUCUACCUGCGUAAUCUUCGAAAGGUGUAUUCUGAAGGGAAGUAUCUAGGGGAAAAGGUUGCAGUAGAUUCGUUAACCUUUUCGGUUCAGGAAGGAGAAUGUUUCGGCUUUUUAGGAACAAAUGGAGCUGGAAAGACCACAACUCUUUCUAUGUUAUGCGGGGAAGAAUCUCCUUCUGAUGGGACUGCUUUUAUUUUUGGCAAAGAUAUAUGCUCCCAUCCCAAGGCUGCUCGCCAAUAUAUUGGAUAUUGUCCGCAAUUUGAUGCUUUAUUGGAGUUUUUGACCGUUCAAGAGCAUCUUGAGCUUUAUGCUAGAAUAAAAGGUGUUCCAGAAUACACUAUAGAUAAUGUUGUUAAGGAAAAGAUGGUGGAAUUUGGCUUAUUGAAGCAUGCUAAUAAACCGUCAUUUACUCUUAGUGGGGGGAAUAAAAGGAAACUAUCUGUUGCAAUCGCAAUGAUUGGAGAUCCUCCUAUUGUCAUUCUUGAUGAACCAUCUACAGGUAUGGAUCCCAUCGCCAAAAGAUUUAUGUGGGAUGUAAUAUCUAGGAUCUCAACAAGAAGGGGGAAAACUGCAGUAAUUCUAACUACCCACAGCAUGAAUGAAGCUCAAGCCUUAUGUACCAGGAUGGGAAUAAUGGUUGGUGGACGAUUAAGAUGCAUCGGAAGUCCUCAGCAUUUAAAAACGAGAUUUGGGAAUCAUCUGGAACUAGAGGUAAAACCUACUGAAGUGAGUUCUGCAGACUUGCAAACACUAUGCCAAGCUAUUCAGGAAAGAGUUCUCUAUGUCCCUUCUCAUCCUAGAAGCUUGCUUGGCGACCUUGAAGUUUGCAUUGGUGCCACUGACUCCAUUACUGCAGAAAAUAGUUCCAUUGCAGAGAUUAGCUUGACACGAGAAAUGAUAAGCUUAAUUGGGCGCUGGCUUGGCAAUGAAGAAAGAGUCAAGACACUAAUCUCCUGUACACCUGUCUCUGAUGGAGCUUCUAGGGAACAAUUAUCUGAACAAUUGUUUCGAGAUGGUGGUAUUCCAUUACCAGUAUUUUCCGAGUGGUGGUUGUCGAAACAAAAAUUCUCAGAAAUUGAUUCAUUUAUACUUUCAUCAUUUCGGGGAGCAAGAUGGCAAGGGUGCAAUGGUUUGAACAUCAGAUACCAGAUACCCUAUGAAGAAGGUUUAUCUCUGGCUGAUGUCUUUGGUCACCUUGAAGGAAACAGAGAUAGAUUAGGGAUUGCUGAGUACAGCAUCAGCCAGUCAACUCUGGAGACAAUAUUUAAUCAUUUUGCAGCUACUUCAUGAGAUGUCAACAUUUUUGUCAUUUUCUUUCAUAAACUACGGCAUAGUAUUGCAAAUUUGCAAUGUCAUAUGAGCUAUCAAAAUGGUGCAUUCUUUCUAAACGGAAGACCAUGUAUAGUGUGGAUCAGUGAUUUAGUGGCAUGGAAUUGUAUAUAGAUUCCGUAGGGCAAUGGUUUUGGCCGUUGAGAAUUGUAACAUUAGUGUUACUCAUUGAGGAAGGACUUUGGCUUAACUGCCAGUUUUUCCCUUUGGUUUGUCAUGUAAAAUUAGUGUGAUGUAAAUAGUAGGAUUUAACUUGGGUUGAUAAAAUGAACUUUUGCUCGGGAUCUCUUUCUUGAA